AUGUUCACUCUAGGAUCCCAUUUCAGCCGGCAACAGCAGCAGCAGCAGCACAGCCAUGCUACCUCUUGCCGGCACUUCCAGUUAGGCCCUCAGGCCCCUCUGCCCAUGGACUUCCCCAUGCCCCACCCCGGGCAGCCCCAGUCGGGCAUUAACCCACAUUUAGCUCCCCCGGGUCAUCAACAUGGCCCUCCACUGCACCCACCUCUUAACCCUUUAUCCGCCCCCCAGUUCCAGGACCUCCCUGCCCCCCCUUUCCUACCUCAGGCAUUACACCAGCAAUACCUCCUGCAGCAGCAGCUCCUGGAGGCCCAGCACAGACACAUCCUGCCGCCCUCCAGACGCACCCCAGAGAGGGUUCCACACCAGCCCCACAGACUGCGGCCCGGCUACGACUUUGUUCCCCCCAUCCACGUCCCUCCUCAGCCUGUGGUGCAGCAGCCGCGCUAUCUCGCAGAGGGAACCGAUUGGGAUCUCAGCGUAGAUGCCGGGCUGCCUCCUCAGUACCACAUCCACCCGUUGCCGCAGCACUAUCAGCAUUACCUGACCUCUCCCAGGAUGCACCACUUCCCCCGAAACAACGCCUCCACACAAGUGAUUGUUCAUGAGAUCAGAAACUACCCUUAUCCCCAGCUGCACUUACUCGCUCUGCAGAGCCUCAACCCCUCCCGCCACGCCUCUGCUGUUCGGGAGAGCUACGAGGAGCUGCUGCAGUUGGAGGACCGUCUUGGCAGCGUGAACAGAGGCGCAGUGCAGACCACCAUCGAGAGAUACACUUUCCCCCACAAGUACAAGAAGAGAAUACCCCAAGACCUGAAAAUGUGUUUGGACGACGAGGAAUUGGACACUGAUGAGAAGUGCACUAUCUGUUUGUCAAUGCUGGAGGACGGGGAGGAUGUGAGGCGGUUACCCUGCAUGCAUCUCUUCCACCAGGCCUGUGUGGACCAGUGGUUGGCGACGAGCAGGAAAUGCCCCAUCUGCAGAGUGGACAUUGAGACGCAGCUGACCCCCGACAGUUGA